AUCUUUGGACACUUGCAGGAGUAGUUGCCAUUGAAACCAUGGGAGGACCAACUAUUCCAUGGAAACCUGGACGUAAGGAUAAACCAGAAUCAGCAGCACCACCGAAUGGACGUUUACCCGAUGCAGAGAAAGGAGCAGACCAUAUCCGACAAGUAUUUGGUCGAAUGGGAUUCAACGAUCGUUUCGUUAUGUUGACAAAACAAGAGUGGAGCGAGAAAAAGUUAGAGAAUGGACUGCUCCAAUACAAAGAUAAAAAUGAUAGAAUUAUGAUGCUUCCUGCGGAUAUGGCGUUUCUCUGGGAUCCGGGAUUUAAAGAAAUUGUCGAUAUUUAUGCGAAAGAUAAACAAACAUUCUUUGACGAUUUUGCAGCAGCUUUUGGAAAAUUGAUAGAUCUCGGAGUUAAUCGUGAGGAUGAAGAUGCAAAGUUGUAA